AUGGAGGCGGUCCAGACGGUACCGAGUGAGAGGAAGAACCCGCUGCUCAACAGGUCACCCAGUCCAUCCGGCGUCACUCGGCUUCAACCUGACGCCGGCAACGGCGCGGGCUUCUACGACGGUUCCGCCUAUUCUUUCCUCGACACCACCAAGCCCUGCGCCACCCGAUUCAGCAGCGGGUCAGUGACGUCCGAGGACUCGCCGGCGCUGACGCCCAGGCUGCUGUCUUUCAAGUCCAGCUCCAGCCCCGACAACUGCUCCUCCUCCGCCGAAUGGCCCGACCGAGCGGCGGCGGCGCGUUCCAACCGGUACCUCUUCGAUGCGAACGCGCAGGCCCGGUGCGCCGAGUACCUGGACCUGAUGAGGGUGGAGGUGGAUGCGCAGCUGGGCAAGCUCAAGGGGGGUGUCACCGGCCUGGAGAGCUAUGCCUUGCCGGACAACGGCCGUGUGAUCGGAGGUGCGCACCUGGGCAUGUCGCUUGAUGUCAUGCUGAUUGAGAUUGACGAGAGGUUCAACGCCCUGAAGCUGCUCAUGGGUUCCGUGUUCCGGCAGGCGAAGGAGAUGCUUGGUUCGGUCAACUCGUCGGUGUCUGAUCUGCAGUCGGAGAAUGAGCUGCGGCUGGAAGUCUUCGGUGCUGUCAUCGGAGAGUGCGUCAGUGGCCUGCAGGAGGAGCUAGAGAGGAAGCUGUACGAGCAGAUUAACAUCACAAACACCAUGAGUAGGAAUUGGAAAGAGGCCAUAACUCAAUUUGCCGCCAUGCGUGAAGACCUUGGCGCUCUUUGUAAGCUACUACUGCCUUUAGUACCAGAAGCUCAUAUUUCUAACGGCAAGAAUGAAAGUCCAGGCAACAGGAGUAACAGAUGGAAGUACAAUUUCUUUGGAAAGAAACCCAAAGAGGAUCGUUCUCCACGCGCCGAGGACAGUAAGAGUUUCAGGAAGCAAAAAUCAUUUGGUGCAAAGGAUGUCAUCUCAGAAAAAUCUGACUUUCGCCAUCUCAACGGUAUGACUAGAGAGCAAGUGAUAAGCUAUUUUAAAUCUGAGAUCAGCAAGCUGAAAAGGAUGCACGAAUCAGCAUUGCAAGAGAAGACAGAAGAACUGUUCAGGUUCAAACGGGAGAAGGGGUCACAUGCUCUCAAGAAUGACAUCGAAUUUGAACCUUUGAGAAAGAAAAUUCCAGAGAUUGUAUUGAGAAUGGACCAAAUCAUUUCCAAGAAUAUAAAGAUACCUGCGAUCUGCAUGACCCAUGAUGAACUUGACGAAAGAUGCAGACUGAUGAGCAGAAUCGAUGCUUUGUUUUAUGAAAACCAGCAUCUUCGAGGGUUGCUUGCAGAUAGGACGAAGGACGUUAAGGCAUUAUCAUCUCAGCUAUCCGAAGCCAGUACAGAACUGUCUCUUCAGUUGUCAUCCGAAGAAGAACUCCUGAGACAAAUCGACAAAGUUAGAGAAGAUUGUGAGGACCUCCGAAUUGAAUGUGAUCUUAGAGAGGGAAUGUACCAAACUGUUACAAAACAAUUGCUUGAUGACUAUAAGGACAAUAUGGAUGGUGCUGCACUAAAUCUUAGUGCAAAAUUGUCUUCAUUUGAAUCCGCAGUCUCCGAAAAGAAUAAGGCAUUAGGUCUAUAUAAUGAAGAAAAUCACAGGUUAAAGGAGAAGUUAGCAGAGUUAGAAAAGGAGCGCUUGAUCCACGAUCACCAGGAAGUUCCAGAAGUCAUAAAACAAGAGAGUACAGAAAUUGUUCUGCGUGACAUUGAGGUCGAGCCUCGCACAUCACCGAGAACAUCAAAUGGGAAUGAUUUGCAGUAUGACAAACUUGUGAACCUAAACUCAAGCUUAGAGCAAACGUCAGGUAUCCUGAAGGAAAUGGACAAUACAAAUCUGGAUCGUAGUAGUAGCCUCACUAAGAAUGAGCAAGAAAAGCAGCUGGAGUGCAUUUUAGUAUCUAUCAUGAAAUUAUCAAAAGAAUUUGUACAGAUUGAGAAAAAAUUGUCAGCAGAAAAAACUGAGAACAGGUCAGAGGAUUUGAGUGAUCACUGCAGCCACAUGGUCAGACAAGCCGUGGUACUAACAAAAAUCGGUCUCUGGUAUAAACAAAUGAUUGAAGCGAGGCGUUCUGAGCUCCAAAAGGCUGAAGCCAAGGUAAUGAUAUUGGGCGACAAGAUCACUGCACAGUUAAGCCUUCUUCAAAAGAUAUAUUUAACUCUUGAUCAUUACUCUCCUACCUUGCAACAUCAUCCUGGUCUGCUAGACGCUUUCUUAAAGACAUGCAAGCUUGUUGCAGAUUUGAGAAGUAAACAGAAUGAAGGCGAUACGACAUGA